GGAUGGACCCGUCGGAGCUCAAGCGGGUCUUCCAGAUGUUCGACCGGAACGGCGACGGCAGCAUCACGAAGAAUGAGCUGCAGGACUCGCUCAAGAACCUGGGGAUACACAUCCCCGAGGAGGAGCUGGCGGCGAUGAUCGAGAAGAUCGACGUGAACGGGGACGGGUGCGUGGACGUGGACGAGUUCGGGACGCUGUACCAGACGAUCAUGGGCGAGCGGGACGAGGAUGAGGACAUGCUCGAGGCGUUCAACGUGUUCGACCAGAACGGGGACGGGUUCAUCACCGUGGAGGAGCUGCGGUCGGUGCUGAGCUCGCUGGGCCUCAAGCAAGGGCGCACCGUGGAGGAGUGUAGGAAGAUGAUAAGCAAGGUGGACGUGGACGGUGAUGGGAAGGUCAACUUCAAGGAAUUCAAGCAGAUGAUGAAGGGCGGAGGGUUCGCGGCCUUGAGUUAGUAGCAGCCUCAUGGUGGGAGAAGAAGAAGAAGAAGAAGAAGAAGAAGGAGAAGAAGAAGAAGAA